CCAGCCAGCGCCGGGCCCGGGCGGUGUCAUCCCGCCGUUGCCCGCCCUCGCCGCUGUCGCUCCUGGCGGGCGAGUAAGUCCGCGAGCGCCCGUGGCGGCCGAGGAGCCUGCGGGCGGGAGGGGUCAUGGUAAAAGCAGAGAUAGAGCCUGUGGAUUUGUCUUGUUCCCUGUAAUCCCAUCCGAUUGAGUUCUACCUCUGUCCUGAAAAAGCACCUGAAGUAAGUUCGCAAGGAGAAGAGUUCUACCCGAGGGUCGUUAAGUCGUGCUGAAGGUUUUGGAACAGAUGUUGGAAGAUGUUAGCUGUGGAUACUGGGAUUGUGGAAGAGUGGUUAUCAGAGUUCAAGACCCUGCCAGAAUCAUCCAUAUCCAGCUAUGCUACAAACUUGAAAGACAAGAAUGCUUUGAUUUCAUCUCUUUACAAAGUGAUUCAGGACCCACACAGUGAACUCCUGGAGCCAGUUUGCCAUCAGCUUUUUGAGUUCUAUCGCAGUGGGGAGAAGCAAUUGCUACGAUUUACGCUGCAGUUCCUACCCGAGUUGAUGUGGUGCUACCUCGCUGUCUCAGCCAGCAGAGAUUUGCAGAGCAGUGGAUGCAUAGAAGCUCUUCUCCUAGGAGUUUACAACUUGGAAAUAGUUGACAAAGAGGGGCAUAGUAAAGUGCUGAGUUUCACAAUUCCAUCUUUAUCCAAACCCUCAGUCUAUCAUGAACCUUCCAGCAUUGGCUCCAUGGCUCUCACUGAAGGAGCUUUAUCACAGCAUGGUUUGUCCAGGGUUGUGUACAGCGGACCACAUCCUCAGAGGGAGAUGUUAACAGCACAGAACAGGUUUGAAGUGCUGACUUUCCUUCUGCUCUGUUACAAUGCUGCCUUAACCUACAUGCCUGCAGUUUCUCUUCAGUCCUUGUGUCAGAUUUGUUCAAGGAUUUGUGUCUGCGGAUAUCCUCGCCAACAGGUGAGAAAGUACAAGGGAGUCAACAGCAGGAUUCCAGUCUCAUCGGAAUUCAUGGUGCAAAUGCUGACAGGGAUUUAUUAUGCCUUUUAUAAUGGAGAAUGGGAUCUGGCUCGUAAAGCUAUGGAUGACAUUUUGUAUAGAGCACAGCUGGAACUGUAUCCAGAACCUCUGCUGGUUGCUAAUGCAAUAAAAGCUUCACUGCCUCAGGGUGCCAUGAAAUCUAGUAAAGAAGGUACAAGAUGCAUCCAGGUUGAAAUUACACCUACUUCAUCCAGAAUAUCGAGAAAUGCUGUGACUAGCAUGUCCAUCCGAGGGCACAGAUGGAAAAGGCAUGGUAAUACUGAUUUAGCCAUUCAAGAAGAGCUGAUGGAAGUAUCUGAAACUGAUGAAGGGUUUUACUCUAGGGCUACUUCUAGUACAAGUCAGUCUGCCCUGUGUAACAGCAGCAACGUGAGCAGUAAGAACCUUUUGGGGAAGAGCCAACGAAGGUCUGGAGGAAGCAAAGCUGGAGUAAAAGAAAAAGAAGGAGAAACCUGCAGAGAACACUUGUCACGAAAACAAACUCAGAGAGCCAUGAGUGAGAAUCUAGAGCUUGUCUCUCUGAAGAGACUGACACUGACAACCAGCCAGUCCCUGCCUAAGCCUGGCAGCCAUAGUCUGGCCAGAACAAACACCACUGUGUUUAGUAAAUCCUUUGAACAGGUCAGUGGUGUCACAAUUCCAAAUAAUCGUGGUGGUGUAUCUGGUACAGAGUCAAACAGGUUUUCAGCUUGCAGUCUUCAGGAGGAAAAACUGAUAUAUGGAACAGAAAGAACAGAUCUUCCCAUUUUAAGCAAACAGCCUAGCCAGCAGCGGCCUCCUAGUAUUAGUAUAACUUUGUCAACAGAUUGAUAGGAAAUGGAUUGGUAGGAAAUGUGAAAAAUAAAAUACUGGAGGUCUAUGCUUAUAUUGGUACAUUGGAACAUUAAGCUCCUUAAUAUGCUACACAUUAUUUUCUUAAACCUCAAGCCCAUAAAUUCUUACUCGGCUGAUAGUGAGUAGGUAACAGCUGUAACUAUUUUGCAUCGGCUUCUAAUAGCUUGGAAAGUUCCUCCUUGACUGUAGGGGGUUUACACACCUGAUAGCUUACAGCUUCAUGUGAAGUUUACAGCUUCACCAGUUUAACAAGCUCAGCCUCUGACCCCAAAAUGUGUGGGUUUUACAGGUGCACAGUAUGGGAGCAGACAACCACUUCCCAGAUCCUGCUUUUUUACGACCGGUGUGGCAUAGGCAAAACUGUGUUAUUUAAGAGGAGCCUUACAGUAUGGGCAUUGGAAGAACAGUCAUUCUCUUACGUUAGCCAUGAGAAAGCUGUGCUUACAUGUAAGGUUAAAAACUAGAAGCAUCAGUUCAGUGUUUGAUGUUACAGCAGGUUUUGUAAUGGUAGUUAGUACAUGUUGCAAUGUUGAUACUUCUUUAAGCCUGUAUGAGUCUGAAUUCUAGAUAUAUAUAUUCAUUUUUCUGUGUCUUCGAAACAGGGCCAAAAGUCAUAUAUGAGCAGUACUUGUGAAUGGGAGUUCCUAUCAGUUGCUGUAGGAGUCACUCUUCAGACUUACAAAUUGUGUGGCAGACUGAUUUUUUUUGUUCAGAUUCUUAAGUACCAGGCACAAAGCUACUCAUCGGAGAGUUGCUGUCAUCAGUAUUUUUAUUUCUGGGAAAGAGAUGUGCUUAUGUCACAAUAUUAUGUAGGAAAUUAUAUGAGCCCUUUGCACUAACUCAAGCAAAUCAGGAGUGUAAAUGUUUUCAACAUAAACUUAUUACUUGAGACUAAGAGAAUACUACCAAAGGAUGUGUACUUUCAGCAACUUGCAAGCACAAAGGGAAAUGACAAUGUAAAUACAAGUAGCACUGAAAUUCCUAACUCUUUUAUAUCUGUUAUUUUUCUAGUUGGAAAUUCUAAACCAGCAGUCUGUUCAAGGUUGCCUAACCUUUAACCUUCAGUUAGUUUGGGUGACCUUGUUUGAUACCAACUUUUAUAAUGUUGAGAUUUUACUUAAAAAAUGGAGAUUAAGACUUAAUGCAGAAAUUUGGAGGAGCUGACAAAAUCCACUCCUGUAACAGUGAUUAGCCAAUAAAAAGGCACUGUUACUGUGAGUGGAGAAAUAGGAUGAAGGUCUGAGGCACUCCCAGUCGUUCGCAACCAUGAUACCUGAACCUUGUAACAAAAACACUAAAACUCUGGUAGGCUUUUCUCAAGUUCUCAAAAUGUAGAUAUCUCUCUUUGAUUUUCAACUGAAGCACAAGAAACUUUCAAGCAGUUAACAUGAUUCAGGUUUAAGCAGGUUGGUUAAUCAAAAGAGAUGAGGAGAUGUAGUUGAUGUUGUGUACUUCUACUUGUAAGACUGCAGACUAGAUGUGUACGUUUCUUAAUACCCAGGUACGUGGAAUAGCUGCACCAGUCUAGAAGUGAUUCUCUUCACCUGGGAGCCUGAGUUGAAAUGAAUGUGCCACACUUCCUCACGUUCUGCAGUUUGUUGUGUGACACUGUUCUGUUCUGGUAAUGCAGUAUUUCACUUUUUUUACAGUGGAGUGUUUUCUUUCUUGUUCAUGAAAACUUAACAUUCCUAAUGUAUACACUGCAAGUUUGUCCUGUUUAAUGUUUAAUAUUUUGACCAGUGAAAUAAACUGGUUCUUUGAA